CUCCAACAAGCCAACAAGCUUCCGAUAGCUUCUUUUCUUUGACCUGAGAAUCACUUGACCAGGGGAGGGGUUCUUUCAUUGACGUUGAAGGUUGGCAGCUCGUCGCGAGCGAACAAAGCCAGAGCAAACAGGCCAAACCCGCCGCCCGUGCGAUCUCCGCAGGAUCGCCGUAAACAGGAUCGCAUUUCCGCUACGCCUCGUUACAUACGUUCACUCCAUACCUCCUGCAGCUCUUCAAGAUGAUGGACGACGAAGACGACGAUUUCUACGAUCCCGCCGACACGGUGCCGGCUCCUCAGCAUCAGAAUGGUGCCCAGAAUCCUCCUGCGGAUAACUAUGGAGAGGAAUAUGAGGAAGAAGAGAUAGAGGUGGAUGAAGAUGAUGAUGACUUCAACAUCAUUACUGAAGCGCCCGCCGAUGCGCCACCUCCAGAAGCCCCACAUCCUCGCCAUGCCAAUCUACGCGCAGAAUCACAACGCCCCUCGUCCGCAGAGUCUCCUCCUGCUCCGAAACCCUCCACCCCCACUCUCGCCACGCCCAAAGCUGAAUCCGCCACGCCCGUACCCGUCAGCGCAAGACCCGCUGUACCGGCUGCACCGCAAAGGCCGGGCUCUUCAUAUCCUCCAGUCCAAGUGUCCACGAUCGACGUUCAUGCCAACCCCGUCCACCCGACGACAGGCAAGCCCAUCCUACUGACUGACAUGGAUGCGGACUUUCCGGAAGAUGACAAGCCGUGGCGGCGACCGGGGUCCGAUAUCACAGACUACUUUAACUACGGGUUUGAUGAGUUCACAUGGGCCAGUUACGUGUUGAAACAGCAAGAGCUGCGCAAGGAUAUCGGGGACCAGAAGAGACAAUUGGACGACAUGCAGGCUUUCCUGGGGAUGGGCAUGCCGCCGAUGGGCGGUGGUCCACCGGGGCCAGGCGUGCCUCCAAGCAGCGCGGCCCCUCCGAUGCCCGGUAUGCCCGGCAUGCCGGACAUGUCGCCGGAUAUGAUGCAGGGGAUCCUCACGAGCAUGAUGGCGCAAGGCCUGGAUCCCGCCUCGAUGGAUCCCAUGACGUUCAUGCAACAUGCUCAGGCGCUCAUGGGCGGGCAAUCCGGCGCAGGCGGCGGACAACAGGGUCAACCUGGAUUUGGGGGUCAAGGUGGUGGUCAACAGCAGAUGGGUUACGGAGGAGGUUUCGGAGGAGGUGGCCGUGGACGGGGCAGAAGAUGCACCCUCAAUCACAUCACCAUCACAAUGUCUUUCCUCCGCAACGUCAAGAACCUUGCUCCCCUCCUGGACCGCGUCCUGGUCCAGCGUGUCAAGCCCGAGGCCAAGACCGCCUCCGGUAUCUUCCUCCCCGAGAGCAGCGUCAAGGAGCAGAACGAGGCCAAGGUUCUCGCCGUUGGCCCCGGUGCCGUCGACCGUAACGGCCAGCGCAUCCCCAUGGGCGUUGCUGUCGGCGACCGUGUCCUCAUCCCCCAGUUCGGUGGUAGCCCCAUCAAGGUUGGUGAGGAGGAGUACACCCUCUACCGCGACUCUGAGAUCCUCGCCAAGAUCAACGAGUAAAUUGGACUAGCCAAAUAAUGUCCAACGUCUUGUUGUCUUCUGUUUUUCCGGAUGUUCGAAGCCGCCUAUAACGUGUAUUAUACUUCCCUUUUCCCGCAAAAUCAUGAGCCUCAGCCAUUCAGAGCUUCCUCAUUCGAAAAAAACUCUCCCCAUUAAAAAGGCCCGAUAACGCGCUAUGGAGAGCUUUCCCUAGUGUUAGUGUUGGGCCCUUAUCACCUGUUCUGCUGCGCAUUUAUUGCCGAAAGCGUGAAAUGACUGUUUUUGCAUACCACACGAUGUACUUCUGUCGCCUGUCAACUACUUUGCUCUCGUCUUGUCUGGGGGUGUUUGUCGCGAUGAGCGUAUGUAAUACGAUAUGAUAAUCUCCUCUCUUGUGAACAUCUGGUUAUGUUUUCUUGGGGCGUCUUGUUGUUGUCGUAGCUCCUAGCAUCAGACCCGUCUUAGUCGGAGCACUAGUUCAAU